UCUGUUCUGCAGAUAGAAAAAGAGAGAGGGAGAGAGAGAAAGAGAGAGGUAGAAGAAACACUGAGCAUGGACUUCCUUCAUCAUCUCCUCCUCUUCCUCAUUUUCUUCUUUAUCUCCUUCCUCACCUGUGGAGUUUCCUCCUCACCUGCGCGCAUGCUCUGGCUCGGGCGUGUUCUCAAGACUCUGCAGCUCUGCCUGUCCAUGCCAUCAGUCUCAACUUUAUCCUCCGGUGGCCUCAAUCAUGAUUAUAUGUUCGUCUCCCCGGUGGAGGUCGACUCUCACGGACGCUACCUCACUCAUGAUUUAUCGAGGUCGAGGCACCGAAGCCGGAGGUCGCUAGAUGAUGGUGAAGGUCACCUGCACUACCGUGUCUCUGCUUUUGGAAAGGAGUUACACUUGGAGCUGCGUCCUGCCAGCAUGAUCGCUGAGGAGUUUACGGUGCAGACAGUGAGUGAGGGUGGAGUCAGUGUCACACACCUUGAGCCCGACAUACGGAACUGUCUCUAUCAGGGGAGUGUGAGGAACCACAGCGGAUCUACUGCAGCCGUGUCCACCUGCACCGGACUGUCAGGUCUGAUCCGGGUUUCGAGCGAAGAGUUCUUGAUCACCCCUCUACCCAAACAUUUGGCAUUGGAGCACAACUACAGCGCCCCCGCUGGACACCAUCCACACGUCAUUUACAAACGCUCAGCAGAACAUCAUGUCCAUGGGGAAACAACACAUAGACAAGACAAGCAUCACCAUCGCCACCGCCAUCACCAACACCAUCACCAACACCAUCGCCAUGACUACAAGCAUGGGAGGUUUCAGAGGCAACACUUCUGUGGGCGCCGCAAGCAAUACACUCCUAAGCCCCCUGCAGAGGAUCACUUCAUAAUGCCUGACGAGUUCGAGCCAGCGAGCCGGAUAAAGCGAUCAUCGAUCUCAUCUAAUAAAGUCGGAGUUCUGAAUGUGGAAACUCUGGUGGUGGCCGACAGGAAGAUGGUGGAGAAACACGGGCGGGAAAAUGUCACCACCUACAUCCUCACCAUCAUGAACAUGGUCUCCAGCCUGUUUAAAGACGGCACCAUCGGGUCAGAGAUCAACAUCGUGGUGGUCAGCCUCCUCCUGCUCGAGCAAGAGCCACUGGGUCUCUCCAUCUCUCACCACGCUGAUCAGACCCUCAACAGUUUCUGCCAGUGGCAGUCGGGGCUGAUGGGUAAAAAUGGCAAGAGACACGAUCACGCUGUUCUUCUCACAGGCCUCGAUAUCUGCUCGUGGAAGAAUGAACCAUGUGACACGCUGGGUUUUGCCCCCAUCAGUGGGAUGUGCAGUAAAUAUCGCAGCUGCACCAUAAAUGAAGACACCGGGCUGGGCCUCGCCUUCACCAUCGCACACGAGUCCGGGCACAAUUUCGGAAUGAUCCACGAUGGAGAGGGAAACCCCUGCAGGAAGGCGGAGGGGAACAUCAUGUCGCCCACACUGGCCGGGAACGACGGCGUGUUCUCCUGGUCAGCCUGCAGUCGCCAGUACCUCAACCGCUUCCUGGGUACAGCUCAGGCAUCAUGUUUGGUUGACCAGCCCAAACUGAUCGGUCAAUAUAAAUACCCCGAGAAGCUCCCGGGGCAGAUCUACGAUGCAGACACGCAGUGCAAGUGGCAGUUCGGCUCCAAGGCCAAGACCUGCAGGCUCGACUUCAUCAAGGACAUCUGUAAGUCAUUAUGGUGCCAUCGAGCAGGGCAUCGAUGUGAGACUAAGUUCAUGCCGGCUGCUGAGGGGACAAACUGCGGCCCGGAUAUGUGGUGUCGUAAGGGGCAGUGUGUGAAGUUCGGGGAUCACGGGCCGAAGGCAGUUCACGGUCAGUGGUCCGGAUGGUCUGAUUGGUCGGAUUGUUCCAGAAGCUGCGGCGGCGGAGUUAUGUAUCGGGAGCGUUCUUGUAACAGUCCCAGGCCGCAGCACAGUGGGCGGUUCUGCCAGGGUUCGAGUCGCCUGUACCAGCUGUGUAACGCCGUGCCGUGCCAGAGGGACGCCGUGGACUUCCGAGCGCUGCAGUGUGCCGAGUACAACAGCAGACCGUUCCGGGGCUGGUUCUAUAAGUGGAAGCCCUACACCAAGGUGGACGAUGAAGAUAUCUGUAAGCUCUACUGCAUCGCCGAGGACUUCGAUUUCUUCUUCGCCAUGUCCAGCAAGGUGAAGGACGGCACGUCGUGCUCCGAUCUCACGCCGGACGUGUGCAUCGACGGCGUCUGUGAGUCGGUGGGAUGUGAUCAGGUUUUGGGCUCCGGCGCUGCUCUGGACGUCUGCGGUGUGUGUAAAGGAGACAAUUCCACCUGCAAACGUUACAGCGGCCAGUACAGCUUACAGCACCGAGCCAACGAGUACUACCCUGUGGUGACGGUUCCUGCUGGAGCUCGCAGUAUCCGUGUUCAGGAGGUGGAGAUCUCCAACAGUUACCUGGCGGUCAGGGGCCAGAAACAUGGCUCUUAUUUCCUGACUUCUGAUUGGAUGGUGGACUGGCCGGGAAAAUUCAACUUUGCCGGAACUACGUUCUUGUAUCGGCGCUCGAGUAAUCAGCCUGAGAGCCUGUACGCCACGGGACCGACCAAUCAGACGCUCAUCUUUGAGAUCCUCAGUCAGGGUAAAAACCCAGGAGUGCUGUGGGAAUACACACUUCCCCUACCGGAGAAAAAACAUACCUACACGUGGAGAGUGAUCCGAUCCGACUGCUCCGCCCCAUGUGCAGGAGGCCGUGUGUCGGUGAAGGCCGUGUGUGUGCAGGACGAACAGGGUCAGGUGAACUCUUCACUCUGCGACUCUCGCAGCAGACCUGCACUGGCGUCUCAGCUCUGUAACACACAGCCGUGUCCUGCCAGCUGGUCAGUGAGUAAAUGGAGUGCAUGCAGUGUGUCAUGUGGAGAAGGACAACAAAGUCGCACCGUCCGCUGUCUCAGAAAAGUGAUGUACCAAAGGGAGGAGGUAGCUCCACCCUCGAUGUGCCCUGCACCUGCCCUGGCUCUCACACAGCCCUGCAACACACACUCCUGCCCUCCUGAGUGGGGUACUGGCUCUUGGUCACAGUGCUCGAAGACAUGUGGACGUGGUGUGAGGACACGGAGUGUGUUCUGUCACAGUGUUAAUCAUGUCUCUGGAGCGGUGGUCCUCCGAGACGGCUCGUGCGAGCUCCAGCUAAAGCCCAAAGCCCAGGAGAGCUGCGUGCUGAGUCGCUGCCCUAAAAACGAGCGGCUGCAGUGGAUCACCACGGCCUGGGGAGAGUGCUCCGUUUCCUGCGGAGGGGGUGUGAUGAGCCGAGAGCUGCGCUGUGCAGAGAGAGACUCUAAUGGUGGUUUCACAGAAUUCCCCAUCAGGAGGUGCAGAAAUCUCCAGAAACCCCACAUCGACCUCCAGCAGACCUGUAAUAAAGCGCAGUGCCCUGACCCGCAGCCCCACGUCCCUGUGGUCGGCCUGGGAAGAGAGAGCUCUGCCACGGCGCUCGGCUGGUACUCAUCACCAUGGCAACAGUGUACGGUGUCGUGCGGUGGUGGUGUGCAGACACGCAGUGUUCAGUGUCUCCGACAUGGCCGACCCUCAUCAGGGUGUUCAACACACCAUAGACCCAUCAGCUCCAGAGCCUGUAACACACACUUCUGCCCUCCACCAGGAUUGGCACCAGGGCCUGCUCUCAAAGGAGAGCAGUCAGUGUGUGUUGAUUACUUCCCCUGGUGUCGCCUGGUUCCUCAACACGGCGUGUGUAACCACAGGUUCUACAGUGAGCAGUGCUGCAGGUCAUGCUCAGUCAAGAAGCUAUAGAACAUGAGGACUUUUCUAUGAGCACCCUCUCUGACUCACACCACCAUACGGAGACGCACAGGGCCCAAACUGGAUUUGGGGGAGGAAAAUAAAACAUUCAAAGGAAUGGACAAAAAGAAAGCAUGAGGCAUGGAGGCCUGGCUCUUCCUGAAGUACUUGAAGCGCAAAACACUUUCCAGGAAAAAAAAAAAGUGUUUGUGCUAAAACUGUGGUGAAGUUUUAUAGGGUUUAUAACUGGACAUUCGGUGUAGGAUGAUAUUCCUGUCCGAAGACAUUCCUGUGUUUUUUUUUUCAUCAAAGUUGAAGCAAAUGUUGCAUUCUUUUAUAUUUUAUACAUUUGUACAAAUUCAUAACUUCCUCAGAUGUUUAUUUUUACACAAGCGAGCAAAUAUUGAUCCGCAUUGGAAAUUUUUUUCUUUGUUCUGGUUCAUACUUUUUUAAAAUCACUAUUUAAUUGUGUUUAUACUAAAAACAAAAUCUAAUUUUACUAAAAGGUUGGACAAAUAGUGGACAAAGCUUAGAUCCCACCACAAACUAGCCAUUUUUUCAUUCUUUCAUGUAGAUAUACUGUUAGCAUAUAAUACGGGAUUGAAUCUCUUGUACAGCGUUAAUGUUAAGCUACAUUAGCUAACCUACCUAAAUGCUAACAUUAAUAAUGAUAUCAUUUUAAGGAUUUAGUUCACAUUAAAGAUGCUAGCAAACUUCCAGAAAGAUCUGGACAAGAUAGUUAAUAAAACUUAAGUAGCUUAACAAUUAUCCACCUGACUAGUUAGCCAAAAUUACUAUUAAUUCUAAAGAAUCUAAUAAAUAAGCUAAUAAGCAAGCUAACUAGGUUUCAGGAACCAAUUUCAAUAGCAUAGUUAAAAUUAGAAAAAGUUUGCUAGAAAGUUCGUUAAGAUUAGGCCAGGUGUUAUAUUGUUUGAUUAUGAGACCGCGGUGUCUAGCAUGAUAGCUAACAUGAGCUAAUGCAUUAAGUUAAGAAAUGUUAAGUACGCUAUUGUCCUGAUGUGAUAUGACUGAGCGUUGUAUCAGAAUACAGCUGAUUCUCGAAGCUUUGAUUAGUGAGCGUAAUCCCUACCUUCACGCUAGUGACAAGAACCGUGACUAGGGAGUCUUUUAGCUAGUGCUAAUGUUGUCAUUCGUAUGCAUGGCCUAUCCAGUUUAUUUCUGCUCAGACAGGAAAUAGAACUAGCUACAAGUAAGCUUUUAAACCUAGCUUGGUAAAAUAAAACGAAUUCCUUUUAUUUACACUUGUACCUGCUCAAGCUUUGUUCACAAAACAAAUUAGCAAAGCAAAGCUAAAUCUACUAGCUACAUACACUCAGUGACAUCAGCAAAUUCUUCCUUUUAAGAUUUAUUUUUCGUUGUAAUGUCUCAAUAGACAUUUAAUGAUAAUAGAACAAAAUGAAACCAUGUUUUUGGCCCGUUGUUGCUGGUCAGUCAGUAAAUGCUAGCUAAUUACUUGUACGGAUUGGGGUGAGCAGUUAUUUGAAGCAAAUAGGUUUGGGAUUUUAAACCAUCAGUUGGAAUUUACAUGUAAAUGAAUCUCAAACCAGUGGCUUUGUCACUCGCUAACGGUAACAGCUUUAAGACGGGGCCAUUUCUAAAUGUUAGUGUUUAAAGGUUCCUCAUGGUCGCUGUUUUAAAUUAUUUUGGAUACCAUGUGACCAUGUGCACGUCCACUUAGGUCUUUCACAAAAAUGUACAUAGUGUUCACAAUCUAUUCAUUUUGGAAUCACGGAAAUGGACCAUUUUCCAGUUUAGCGCCCCUAGAGGUAAUAGUAAGAAUAAUAUAAACAUAAAUUUGUAAAUAAUUUAUUUUUAAGUUCCUAAUUGGGUCUCUGAUAAUUCUUGUUUUGUAGAUGAGUUCUCAAGAUCUGUGAGAAAACCAAUCAUAAGACUGUAAUCCACAAACCAAUCAUAAGACUGUAUGACACUCACUGGGCAAUAUUUUAAAGCUACUAUGACAUUUAAACCACUAGCGGCGCUAAACUGCCAAGUGGUACAUUACAGGAGUUUAUUUUCAACUUUUUCAUCUGUUAAAAAAGUAAAGGAGUUGUCCAAUGGGGAAAACAAACCAGACGUGAACUUUAAGCGUUUAUAAUUUCAGGAAGCUCAAUUAUUAUAUAAUUAGCAUCACUAAAAAUAAUUUGAAAUCUGAAUUUAUUCAUCAGAUUACCUCAAAUUCAA